AUGCAGGCGCUGUCAGCGGCGGAAAAUCCGCGUAUGUGCUUUGUGUUGUUGAAAAGACUAUUUAGUGCCAUUUUUAUAACCUCAAUCUUGUCAAUCCAUUCACAGUGCGAUGGAAUCACACCUUCAUGCGGUGAAUGCCAAAAGGCAGGCGUUGGCUGUGUCAAUGACGGCACACAAGAAGUUCAUCGCUCGUACAUCGCCAAUAUGGAAAAUCGGAUCAAAUGGCUAGAAUCAAUAAUUCGCGAGAGAUGUUCUACUAUUGACCUGGAAAAUUGCACCGACAGAAACCUAGAUUCUUUGGAUGAGCCGCCGAUUGAAGCGCUGGUUGAAGCCAGUGUCCAGAAUAAUCCUCAAACUCAAUCUACUCCCCGGGCCAUUCAAGACCAGAUACGGCUUUCUGAUCAAGACAACAGACCGCGGGAGCAGUCAAGCUUGAAAAAUUCCGCCCCCGUUGUUGAAGAUGAGACACAACAGGGACAUGAAAUCGGCUUGGUUUCGUUAUUUCGGGGCGAGGACCCUUGA